ACUGGGAGGGGGGAUCUCUCCCUCUGGUCCUGCGAACCUGCUAGUGGGACAGGAAAGCAUGGUGGGUGGAAGCUUCCAUUGCUGCUUAACUGCUUGCUUUGUCCUUGUGCUCCAGUGGCAGUGCUGCUGCCUGGAUCAUGCCAGGAGGGAAACUGAGGCAGGGCUGAACUAACUGCCACGCAUCCUGCCUGUGAGCCCUGGAGGGGGGGGCACACUGACUGUGCCCAGGUUAAACCCUCCCUCCCCAGUUCUGCUGACGAUCUGGGAGGUGCCUCCCCCAGACCCUGCUUUCCCCCCUUGUGUGUGCUUUUGCUUCCCCGUGCAGCUGCCCAAAGCUUUGGACCGAAGUCGGUGGCAUUGAUUGCAGCUGCUCUGCAGCAUGCUGGCUCCCAGCGACGGUGGAGAGGGGGGGAGGCAGAGAGCCCUCUGGCCCCUGCAGCAAUCCUGCUGAGGGGUGCAGGACAAGGCAGGGCCCCCCUUGGCCUGUGUGGCUGCUCCUUGCCUGGGCCAUGCUCCUCCGUCCCCUGGGGCAUACUCCUUGCCCCCUUGCAAGUGAUUUUACUCUGGCCUGGGCCAGGGCAGGAGGUUGGAGAUGGGGUGUCCUGUGUCCAGCCUUGUCCCUGUCAGCCUGCUCCCCUUCAGAGGAGACUGGGAUGGAUGGUGGCAUGCUUGUCUCCAGUGAAGGGGGCCUUGCUGCCAGUUGUCUCUCAACCCCAGGAGCACAUGGUGUCACUGUGCAGGGUGGGGAGGCACAGCUUGCCCUGUCCCACUCCACCUGCAUCCCCAUGGUGGGGAGAUGUGGGUCCCCUCUGGCCUGGAUGGAGAUUCACCACAGCUGUGGCAGUGGGACUGAGACCCAGGUGACCCAGAUGGGCAGCAACUGCUCUCAUCACAAAAGGUGCCUGGAAGAGAGGGAAAUGUGUUGCUGAAGGGGCAGAAUUUGGCUGAGGUUAAGCUGAGCCCUGUGCACCAUACGGGGAGUCCUGCAGGUGAGCAGCUCUGUGUUGGGAUGGGGGUGAGAUGCUGUUGCAUGGGUCGCCCCCCUUGCUUGGGAGGCAGCAGGUAGGAGACUUUGCUCUCUGGGGAAAGUCUCAGGCUGUGUCUGGAGCUGUGAAAUGCUGGGUCCCCGGCGGGGGUUGUUUACCAGCUGUGCCUGGGCGAGCAGUGACAGCCCAGGGACCACAAAGAGCCUGAAACCGUACACUAAUGGCUCAGAUCUGCUAAUGGACACGGGGCCCCACCACCCACUCGGAGCCAUCGAUACAGCCUGCUGUGCUUCCCCUGCUCUGGCUGCCACCCUGCAUUCUCCCUGCCCCAUCCCUGCCGGCCCCCUGCCUGUGGCUGUCUGUCUGCCCAGGCCGUGCUGGUGGUGUCCCUGGGUGCUGGGAAGUGUUGUGCCGCCACAGUGAUGGGCUGGGAAUGGAGCAUCUCCAGAGGAGACCAGAAAAAUGUCCCAGCCCUGGGGAAGGAUUCAAUGGGAGCAUCUUUCAGUGAGACCCCAUCUGCCCCAUGGAGGGGAGUGGGACGACACAGGGGAACUCCAGGCUUGGUGGAUUUCCAAACUCAGCUGGAUGAGGCCCCAGGCAGCCUGUCCUCCUUCUGGAGCUGGGCCUCCUCUGAGCAAGGGCUUGGACAGGAGCACUGGUUGUCUGUACCCCCUCGCCCUGUCCCCUUGGCACUGUCCCUCCUUGGACCCCGCUACAGCCUUUGUGUUAACAGCCAGAGCGGCUGUCUGGCAGCAUCUCCCAUGGGUGUGCUCUGCUCCAGGGGCCAUUGAUUCUGGAGCUGGUGUUGUUUACCAGCUGGUUAAUCACUGACAGGCCAUGUCACCCCUCCACCGCUGCCUGUCUCCAGCCCCAAACAUCUCCCAGCAGAGCCACCCGAGCACUGCCGAGCUGUCCAUGGGUCUCCCAGUCCCCCACCAAGAGCCCACUUCAGCCAAGCGCUUAGGAGGGGGCAGGCGAAGAGAAACACUAUUGAUUUUGGCUUCUGAAGUGCAGCAUCAAUAAUUCAGCAGAGAGCAAUUGGUCCUGGCUGGGAGGAGGGGUGGGCAGAGGUAAAAGGCGGGAGAGCCACCCGCUAGCCCAGCCUCAGAUGAAUAUUAGAUGAAGCUGCAGAUUGCUAUCGGCAGGAUAACUGCAGCCUGCCCGGGGCUGGCAGGACUGUCCCUACCUUGGCCGGGUCAGGGUCUUUUUGUGGGGCGGGCAGGACUGGGGGUGUCUUGGAGAGCCCCUGACAUGGGUUGCGCUGGCCCCUACCUUCCCCAGGGCGCUGCUGCUGUUGCCCCAGAGCUGAGGAUGUGGAGGAGGAAGCAGGGCUGGGGAGGGUGCCAAACCCCUGCAGAGUCUGGGGAGAAACAGGGGGGAGCAGCAGCUUUCUGGGUGCCACCAGCACACCAAAGAAUGCCAGGCAGGAGGGUGGUGGCAGCAAGCAGCAUGGCCUCUUCCUGGUACCUAGCUCAAGGCAAGGGUCCCUCCAGAGAGGGGAGAAAAUGAGUGUCUCCGUGGUGCUGGUGAGAGUGAAGCCCUGUGCCAAGCCCAGCUUCACUCUUGCUUUCCAGGAACCCCUUUGGCAGGAGCAAGGAGACUUGGCUGCAGGAAGGACCAGCCCUUUGGGGCACAGUGCCAGGGGUCACUGGGCUCAGGGCAUCAUCCAGCCUGGCAGUUCUGACAGACCUGAGAGGUCAAGGCAAGCUGGCUACAGGUGGUGUGGAUCUUGGAGCACUGAAAUCCAGCCUGUGACAGCUGUAGGUGCUCCAGGUUGAAGUUUUGAUCCCUGGGCUGGGAUGCACCAGAGAUUUCACCAAGCGCAGUGGGUUUAACCCUUGCUUUUUCUUUUCCAAGGACUGGUAGGGUUUUCAGCUGGCUUUAGGGCUGGGCAGGGUCUGGUGGCUGAAUCAGGAGAAAACUGAUGGCUCAUGGUGAGGACUUGCAAAGCAGGGAGGGGAAGGGGCAGAGACUUUGGAUCCUGGCAUAGCCUUACACUCUCAGGCAUGCGGUAGCUGGGCUGCAUCCUGCCAGCAUUGGGGUCUUGAAGAAGAAAGUCUCCUGGGGAUCUUAUGCUCCCCUCUGUGGAGCAUCUUCCACAUGCUUCGCACCCAGGGGCAUCAGCUCUGGUCAUCACCAUGGACAUAGGAUGGGCUGCACUGUCUUGUUCUGCCUGGAGGGAGUGAAGCUAGGGGAGAAGGGGACUUGUUCCUGGGUCCCCUUGGCCAUGACCCCUAUAGCUGGGGCCAGGGCAGGGCAGCUCUCCCAGCACCAACUUUCCAAGGACCAUGGCACCUGCAGCAUACACCCCGCUGGCUCUGCUGCUCUGUGGUGUCACGUUCAGCCCAGCCAGAUGUAAUUAGCUUGUUGAAUCUCUUCUCCCUCCGGCCUCAUGUUAAUCACUUUUCACAUUGCUUCCCUCCCAAUUCCCUCUGGCCUGGCUUGCUCUUUCUGUUGCUGAUGUGCCUGGAGAGGGGAGUAAGGGGAUCCAGCUGGACAUAGAGCAAGGACCUCACCCUGCUGCAUCCUGCUCCAGAAAUGGGCUCUGAGCUAGAGGAUGGAGGGGCAGGGAGAUCACUCAGCCACAGGGAGGUGAGAAAAUCACAGGCUGGAGUAAAAGCAAUAAAGCUAAAGAGCAAGGGAACCUGUUGGGACAGCCCUUCUUUGCAGCCCUGCAGUGCUGGUGGAGGACAAAACCUGAGUCCAGUGGGGGAGGUUGGCUUGGAGCUGGUCUGGGGCUUUCUAGCACAGGGUUGUGUUGGGCUGCAGGGUGCUGUGGGAGCUCAACGGGGUCUCCUUCACGUCUUCCCUGCGAGGGGCAGGAUUAGACCCCAGCUGGGCACAGGUGGGAACAGAGCUGCUUUGGCCAGGUCUCUGUGGGGUCAUCCCCAGAGGGUAGGUAGCAGGAGGUCCUAUGUGCAAUCCAUGCUUGGUUGCAGCAUCCCCUCCUAGGGAUGCAGGGAAAUGUCUCGUUCCCCACGGGCACCUGCCCUGGGGCUUGCUGUGCCACUGGAGCAGGGGGUGGUCAGAUCAGAAGCAGCUUUUAGGUGAGAGAUGCAUAGAAAACCGGCUCGGAGAGACUCUAAUAACCACUGUUGCCAGGCUGGGGUCUCUGCCCUGCUGCCCACAAGGCAGGGCUUUGGGUGGGCUGUGGUGAGCCCCCACCCAGGCUGGGCACCCUGCCGUGCUGCCCUCCCUCCAGGCAGCACCCUGUGGGGCACAUGUCCCUCCAGCAGCCAGUGAGGUGCCCAGGGCUGGCAGCCCCCAGCUGCAGUUCCUCCACAUGCCACGGAUCUUGCACAUGGCUGUGACUUACCUGCCGGUGCAGAGAUGCAGAUGUUCCCCCAGGAGGUGAAGAAUGAAGGUGAGGGUUGCAGGUGUCCGUGGAGGUGAUCGGUGGACAAGGCUCAGCUCCACGGCAGGGAACUCCUCGUGCCACGCUGUGGGUGCACAAAGGUGGGGGCCUUGCUGGAGGGCAGGUUUGGUAUGGGGCAGGGGAGCUGUUCUGAGCAGGGCUGGUCCCUGGGCUGGGUGACAGCGGUAUCCUGGGGGACAGUGAGCAAUGAGCUCGAGGGUCCCUGUGCACGGCUCGGCUCCAGGGUUGCUGCUACCACGUGCUGCUGUUGGGGUGGGAGUCAGGGGCAGCGGAGUCUCCUCCACACACUCAUUGGUGCCAGUUCUGCACCCCUCUGUGUUUUAGAGUGCUGUGGGGUGUCCGUGCCAGGCUGUGGGGUGCCAGCUGACCCCUGAGCCUCUUGGGAAGUUGCGUGGGCUCCCUCCUCCCCUGCAGCCUGGGUGCCCUGAGGGACCCCAGAGUGGGUGUCUGGGCGGGAAGAGGGAGGGCCAAGGCAGGUCUCUCCUCCCCUGCCCUCCCCUCCUCCCUUGCUGGGUCUGUUGCUGCCAGACCAGCUGCCUGCUGGGGCUCUGUGCCUGGGGGAUGUCUGUUGCUGGGGCGCCCUGGGACCCGCAGGGGCUGCAGACGGUGGGCAUCAUCCUGCUGCUGUGCUCCAGCCUCAAGCUACUCCAUGCCCUGGGCAUCAUCGACCUGACCAGGGGAGACAGCGUUGAGGAUGAGUUUGAGCUCUCCACCGUCUGCCACCGCCCUGAGGGGCUGGAGCAGCUCCAGGAGCAGACCAAGUUCACCCGCAAGGAGCUGCAGGUCCUGUACCGAGGCUUCAAGAAUGAGUGCCCGAGUGGCAUUGUCAAUGAAGAAAACUUCAAGCAGAUCUACUCACAGUUCUUCCCGCAGGGAGACUCCAGCACGUAUGCCACCUUUCUCUUCAACGCUUUCGACACUGACCACGAUGGCUCUGUCAGCUUCGAGGACUUUGUGUCUGGGCUGUCCAUCAUCCUGCGGGGUACCAUUGAUGAUCGCCUGAACUGGGCCUUCAACCUCUAUGACCUGAACAAAGACGGCUGCAUCACCAAAGAGGAAAUGCUGGACAUCAUGAAGUCCAUCUAUGACAUGAUGGGCAAAUACACCUACCCGGCCAUGCGGGAGGAAGCACCUCGGGAACAUGUGGAGAACUUCUUCCAGAAAAUGGACCGAAACAAGGACGGCGUGGUGACAAUUGAGGAGUUCCUGGAGUCCUGCCAGAAGGAUGAGAACAUCAUGAGGUCCAUGCAGCUCUUUGACAAUGUGAUUUAGCUCCCGGACCUGCCUCCAGCUGAGCUCUCCUGUCACUGGGCCCAGAACCUGCUUCUCUCAACUUUUCCCUCGAGCCUUCCCUCUGCUGGCUGCAAGACACGCCUGCGGGAAGGGGCCUCCAUUCCCAGGGAUGCAGUCAGCACCGGGAUCUUCCAUUCCCCCUGGGCUGGCUCUGCUUUCCUCAGGGGAUCGCAAGCAGGUGCUCCUGGAUGUCAGAGUGUGGGCAUGGCUGGCACAGGGUGAGCGUUUGGCCUGGACGGACCUCCCUGCACCUGUCCCCAGUGGAGAAGCUGCAGCCUCGGGCUGCAAUAGAGGUUUCCCCCCAUGCACAGCACCCCAUGCAGCCAUGGCUCCCCCCCGCCACCUCCUCAGCUCCGGGAGCCCCCAGCACUGGCUCCAGCCCAAACCCUCUAGCAAUGCUGUCUAGAAACCAAUAAAGUCUUGCAACAGGUGCCAGUGCCAUGGCUUCCUCCCCUGCCCUGGCUGUGUCCUGUGGUGGGGAGCAUGCUCAGCAUGUCGGCCAUGAGCCACCAGCCACCCUCCUUGCCCAGCCCCUGGGCCAGCCUGUGGGCAGAGGGGCCAUGCCUGGAGAAGGCAGCCGCAUCGGCACUUGGGGUUCAUCGCUGCAUGAGCUGUGGGGAGCAGCCCCUGGUCCCGGGGGCCUGGUUAAACCUAGGAGGUUCAUCCUGACACGGGGAGAGGGGAGACUAGAGGGACCCUGAGGUACCUUCUUGUGGCACUGGUCCCCUGGGAUGGAGGAUGCAGAGCUGGGGGAGCUGCAACCUCAGCCCCUGUCCCUCAAGUUCAUGGUGCUGGCACAUAGGGGACCUCAGGGACCCACUUUGAGAGACACCCUUCCCACCCCUCCCCGAGGACACGGCAGCCAGGGUAUGGGGACACAUGGUGGAGGGAGUUGUGCUGGGCUCCGGCAGCCACCCUGGCCCUUGGGCCUCACAGCCACGCUUCCACCAUCACUUGCCGCUGACCUUCCCCUGCUCACGUGCCCUGGCCCACCCCAGCCCACCCGCUGCUCGGGGGGCCGUGGAGUGAGCAGUGGGGCAGAGCCCUGUGCUGGUGGCAUGGCUGAGCUAGCAGGUGCCUGAGGAGAAAGUCAAGGCUGGGGCCGGCCAAGAGUUGUUAUUGUGCUGCCAGCGGGCAGGAGAGUCACCUUGGGGCAGGGUGGGCUCACCCUUCUCCUGGCAUGGCCAUGUGAGACCCUACCUGGGGACCCCAGGGAUGGAACCAGCACCCUGGGGCUCCCCAUGUCUUUGUCACCGCCAGCUCCUUGGAGCUGGGUGCGUGCAGGCAGGCCUGUCCUGCCUGCAUACCCCUCCGAGUCGUAGCUGGGACUGAUGCCCAUGGACUAACAACCCCAUGCCAACCCCAGAAGUCCCUCUGUGCAGUCCCACAGGCGUUGGGGAAUUCAGUCCCGGCAGCCCCUGGCUCUGCUGCUCCAGCCUCUGCAUCCUUAGCAGCCGGCGGGGGGGGGGGGGGGGGG